CUUCGUUUUAGUGCAUAACCAACUCAUCAUUUCCUACUUAAACCCAAUUGUAUAUUCAUUCUUUUGCUUCAACCAAAAAAAAAAAAACUUGACCUUGGGAAGUCCAAGGUUUCAUAAUUCAAACAUGGGUUCGAUCAUGCACAUGAUUACCUUGAUAUGUGUGCUGAUCAGUGUUCAAUUUAUUGUAAUUUCUGCUGCUUUAGAAACUUAUAUUGUUCAUGUUGAGUUACCUGAUCAAUCUGAUGGUAAUGGUAACACUGAACUUUCCACCACUAGUUCUGUUUCCAAUGAAGAUCUUGUCAGUUGGUAUCAAUCAUUUUUGCCUAAAAGGGCAACAAUGGAGGGCAGUACUGAAGCAGAACCUCGCAUUGUUUAUCCAUAUCAGAAUGUUUUCACAGGUUUUGCAGCUAAGUUAUCAGCAGAGGAUGUGAAUGCCAUGGAGAAAAAACCAGGUUUCAUAUCUGCCACACCUCAGAAGAUACUAUCUCUGCAAACUACCCAUACUCCCAAUUUUUUGGGAUUGUACCAAAAUAUGGGAUUUUGGAAAGAUUCAAAUUUUGGCAAAGGUGUGAUCAUUGGAAUGUUGGACACCGGGAUUACACCGGAUCAUCCUUCAUUUAAUGAUGAUGGAAUGCCUCCUCCACCAGCCAAAUGGAAAGGGAAAUGUGAGUUCAGUGCCUCAUUAUGCAACAACAAGUUGAUUGGUGCAAGAUAUUAUGAAGACUCUGAUGAUGAAGUCGGAGAUGGUACGCCGAUUGAUACUAACGGCCAUGGCACUCAUACUGCAAGCACUGCUGCAGGGAACUAUGUUAAAAGUGCUAAUGUGUUCGGUAAUGCUAAUGGCACGGCUGUUGGUAUUGCUCCUCUGGCUCAUUUGGCCAUGUACAGAGUUUGUUCCCCUGGUUGUUCUGAAAGUGCUAUAUUGGCUGCCAUGGAUACAGCUAUUGGGGAUGGUGUUGACAUUCUUUCGCUCUCACUUGGUGGACAUUCACUGCAAUUCUUUGCUGAUAACAUCGCCAUUGGCGCUUAUAGCGCGAUGGAAAAAGGCAUUUUUGUGAGUUGCGCGGCUGGGAAUAGUGGUCCUUCGGAUGGUUCACUAUCAAACGAGGCACCAUGGAUUCUCACAGUUGGUGCAAGCACCAUUGACAGGAAAAUCAGGUCAACUGCUGUGCUUGGCAACAAAGUGCAACUCGAUGGGGAAUCCCUUUAUCAACCUAAAGAUUUUCCAGCAAGGCAGCAUCCCAUUUAUUUCCCUGGAGUGAACCAGGAUGAAUCAGAAGUGGAUCGAUAUUGCUCUGAGAUUUCAGCGAACGCUAAAGAAGUUAAAGGCAAGAUAGUCGUUUGUGAAGUUGGUGAAAUAUCAAAUACGGAUAAAGGAAACAAUGUCAAGGAUGCUGGUGGAGUUGGCAUGAUUAUUGUUAACUCUGAGGAAUAUGGUUAUAGUACCCGCGCAGAUGCUCAUGUUCUUCCUGCUACUCAUCUUACUUAUGCGGAUCGACAGAAACUAACCGCGUAUGUUAACUCAACAAAUUCUUCCACGGCUGCCAUUUCAUUCAAAGGAACAGUAAUUGGAGAUGAACAUGCUCCUCAAGUUGCUUCAUUUUCUUCCAGGGGUCCAAGCCAAGCCAGCCCUGGAAUUUUGAAGCCAGAUAUUAUUGGUCCCGGCGUAAACAUUCUGGCGGCCUGGUCUAAAUCCGUGGAAAAUGUCACCAAUACAAAAUCUAAUUUCAAUGUAAUCUCAGGGACUUCAAUGUCGUGUCCUCAUCUCAGCGGUGUUGCUGCAUUACUCAAAAGUGCACAUCCUGAUUGGUCUCCGGCCGCCAUUAAGUCUGCGAUAAUGACCACAGCUGAUCUCGUGAACACCGGGAAGAACCCCAUCGAGGAUGAAAGGCAACUUCCAGCUGAUGUUUUUGCUAUCGGGGCAGGCCAUGUCAACCCUUCCAAAGCAAACAAUCCAGGCCUGAUUUAUGACAUUGAGCCAAGAGAUUACAUCCCUUAUCUUUGCGGUUUGAACUACUCAAGCGCGGAGAUUGGUAUGAUUGUGAACCGCAAGGUGACUUGUUCGGAAAAAUCCAGCAUGCCUGAAGCACAAUUGAACUAUCCUUCAUUCUCGAUUCUGUUUGGGCCAUCAGUUCAAAAGUACACAAGAACAGUUACAAAUGUCGGUGAGGGCGAUUCUGUUUACACUGCUACGGUUGAUGCUCCUGAAGGUGUCAAAAUCACAGUCAAUCCCAGCACUCUGAAAUUUUCAAAACUCAAUCAGAAGUUGACAUAUGAAAUCACGUUUAGCAAGUUGUCAUCAGCUCCGAGUAGCAAAUCGUCUCAAGGAUCUCUCACCUGGAGUUCUUCCAAGUACACUGUUAGAAGCCCAAUUGCCGCCAUUUUUGGCGGCGUUACUAGGGAGACAGAGCUAUAGUAAUCUCUUAGCUCAUAGAUAGUAUGCAUUAUUAUUAGGGACCUUUGUCCUGAAAAAAGAUUGUCUCUUCACCAAAGUGAGAAGUCUAGCUACUUAUAGUUCAUAAAGGAAACUAUUUUAAUAAGAUAUAAGUACGAAAUAUACAUGUUCAAAUAAUAUCUGAUCCUUUCUCUAUAGCAGCAUCAGUUCUUUGUGCCUGAUAAUCCUCUGUUUUAUCCCUGGAAAUGAACUUCUUUUUUUUUUUUUUUU